UUUUUUUUUUAGCGAUCAAUCUUUUGCGGUCCUUUUGAUCGUCCUUGCUCUUGUUGCAGGAAAUGUGCUUCCUCUGCCUUAGUCGUUAGGAAUUCACCAUCCAACGCGGUCAAACAUUCUUGAACCCGAAAAGAGCCCUCCCUUCGCUCCAACGUGGGCAACACCCUGAUUUCUCCAUCGAAUUCAACUCCAGAGUCCACGGAAAACCACUGUCGUUUAUCGUGAUAUCACCAGUACUCUGCUUUUGGGAAGACGCCAUUCCUCUGCGUGAGGCCUCUCAACACACACCGCCAUGGUUGGACCAUUGCCCGCGGGACAUACCCCGUCCCAUACCCAGUCGUCCCUCCCCUCGUUACCUGCCCAUCUACAAUCGGAUACGCACCUUACAGCGCAUCUAGCGAGCCGAUUUCAUGUCGGCCUACCCACGGCCCGCCUUUCUUCCCAUGCCUUGAUCAGCCUCAACAGCUACACCUCCUCCUCCAAGGGCCCGGAUGGCGCCAAGGAGGGUAGUGCCAUGGGGGAGGCGGAGGACCUGGCUAGACGUGCCUUUACGCGCUUGGGUGCCCGUGGAGAAAACCAAGCGGUCGUUUUUCUAGGAGAGAGUGGCGCGGGGAAAACCACCAUUCGCUCACACUUGCUGUCCUCGUUCCUUUCGUUCUCCUCAACCCCAUUGUCCUCCAAACUGUCCUAUGCCGCCUUCGUCUUUGACACCCUCACUACUACAAAGUCCCUGACCACCCCGACUGCUUCCAAAGCCGGUCUUUUCCUGGAGUUGCAGUAUGAUGGAUCCUCCUCCGUUAACCCUACCUUGAUUGGUGGCAAGAUCAUCGACCACAGACUGGAGCGGAGCCGAAUCGCUUCUGUGCCCACCGGUGAACGUAGUUUCCAUGUUCUGUACUAUCUCCUGGCCGGAACAAGCGCCGCAGAGAAAACCCAUCUGGGUCUGGACAGCCCCAUUCACGUCACCACCGCGGCUGGUAAGCUUUCGUCCGCGUCCGUCAGCCACAAGAGAUGGAGGUACCUGGGGCACCCAACCCAGUUGAAAGUAGGAAUCAACGAUGCGGAUGGCUUCCAGCAUUUCAAGACAGCCCUCCGAAAGCUGGAAUUUCCCCGGAGUGAAAUUGCGGAGAUCUGUCAGAUUUUGGCUGUCAUUCUCCACAUUGGCCAGCUCGAGUUUGCGAGUGGCCAAUCGACGACGACCUCCGCGGAGGAAUCGGGUGGCUACUCGCACGAGGGUGGGGAAACGGUCACGGUCGUGAAGAACAAGGAUGUUCUCUCCAUUAUCGCGGCAUUCUUGGGUCUUGGGGUCGCGGAACUGGAAGCUAGCUUUGGCUACCGCACCAAGACCAUUCACCGGGAGCGAGUCACGGUGAUGCUUGACCCGCAGGGUGCUAGGCAGAGUGCCGAUGAGCUUUCGCGGAUCCUAUACUCUCUUUUGGUUGCCUACGUUAUCGAGAAUGUGAACCAGAGGAUUUGCGCCGCGGAAGAUAGUGUAGCCAAUACGGUAUCAAUCGUUGACUUCCCCGGGUUUGCCCAGGCCUGUUCGACCGGAUCGACUCUCGAUCAGCUGUUGAACAACGCCGCCGUUGAAUCCUUGUACAACUUCUGUCUACAAUCUUUCUUCGAUCGAAAGGCCGAUAUGUUGGAACGUGAAGAAGUCGCGGUGCCUGCUACCAGCUACUUCGACAACACGGAUGCCGUGCGUGGGCUGUUGAAGCAAGGCAACGGAUUCCUGAGCAUCCUCGAUGACCAGACUAGACGGGGCAGAACGGACGCUCAAUUUCUCGAAUCUGUGCGUAGACGGUUCGAAAAUAAAAACCCCGCCAUCGUGACCGGUGGGGGCUCUGGGGGUUCUGGCUACGGAGCUGGUCUGGUGUCUCAAAAUGCGCGCUCGUCAUUCACCGUGAAGCACUUUGCCGGAGAGGUCGACUACUCGGUGACGGGUCUGCUCGAGGAGAAUGCAGAGGUGAUCUCGGGCGACUUGAUGAACAUCAUGAACUCGACUCGGAGCGACUUUGUCAGAGAGCUUUUCGGCCAAGAGGCCCUGCAAACUGUGACUCACCCCAAGGAGCGGACCGCUAUUAUGGAGGCGCAAGUUAGCUCGAAGCCUCUGCGGAUGCCGAGUCUGGCUCGACGCAAGACUAGCCCGGCGUCCCGACUCACCUUCGACGCCGCCGUGGCUGAAGAUCCCGAGGAGUCGGAAAGUCAGGCCGGCAGCUCGGCCAAAAACUCCGCCAGAAGGAAGACCGGAAUGCUGAUGGGUGGCAUGCAAUGCGCCGCUGGCCAGUUCCUUUCCUCCCUGGAUAUUCUGAACAAGUGUCUGAGCUCAAGCAAUUUGAAUCCGUACUUCGUUUUCUGCCUGAAACCCAAUGACCGACGCAUUGCGAAUCAAUUUGACAGCAAGUGUGUUCGUGCCCAGGUGCAGACCUUCGGUAUUGCGGAAAUAAGCCAGCGGCUGCGGAACGCAGACUUUAGCGUUUUCCUCCCGUUUGGGGAGUUCCUCGGCCUCGCGGAGGUCGGCAACGUGGUGGUAGGGAGCGACAAGGAGAAGGCUGAGGUCGUCCUGGACGAGAAACGAUGGCCUGGCAACGAAGCUCGGGUCGGCAGUACCGGUGUCUUUCUCAGCGAAAGAUGUUGGGCGGACCUCGCCAAGAUUGGGGAACGUGUUAUUCCUUCCUACCCGGCCGACGACGAGGGCAGUGACGGUCUGCUGCACCCACGGAGUGCGGGAUACAUGGACUCUAAGGUUCGGCUUCUCAACCCGGCGGAGCAUUCCCCUGGUGCCUAUAUCUAUGGCGAUGAAGCCAAGCAGGGUUCAAAUGGUAGCCGGGAUUUCGACGGGCGCUCUGAUGCUGGCGGUUCUGCAUUUAACUCGGGCGAUAUGUUCCGAAACCUGGAAACAAGACAACAGAUGCUGGAGAAGGGCAAUGAAAAGAAGAUGGAGGAGGUUGAUGACGCACCUGUUUCCGGCUCUCGAAAGCGCUGGAUGGCGCUGGUUUGGCUCCUCACAUUCUACGUCCCGACUUUUGCGAUCCGUUAUAUUGGUCGAAUGAAGCGGAAGGAUGUUCAGGUUGCCUGGCGCGAAAAGUUUGCCAUCAACUUGCUCAUCUGGCUAUGCUGUGGCAUUUCUGUUUUCAUCGUGGUUGGAUUCCCUGUCUUGAUUUGUCCUACGCAGCAUGUGUUUUCGAGUGCCGAACUGUCCUCGCACAAUGGGAAAGAUGGACACAACUCCUACACUGCCAUUCGCGGCGUUGUGCUGAAUCUUGGGGAUUUCAUGCCCUCCCAUUACCCAGAUGUUGUUCCGCAGUCAGCCUUGAAAAAAUAUGCCGGGGUUGAUUCCACUACUCUUUUCCCCGUCCAGGUCUCAGCCUUGUGCCAGGGCCAAACCGGCUCCGUCAAUGAAUUGGUUCUCCUCAACUACCAGUCGACCAACACCUCGGGAUCGACUACUUCCACCAGUACGGACACCAAUGCCCAGUAUCAUGACUUCCGUUACUUCACCGGGGACUACCGGCCCGACUGGUUUUAUGAGCAAAUGAAGAUGCUCAAAUCAAACUACUUCCAGGGAUAUGUUGGUUACACCAUGGCUUACAUCAAAAAACUCGGCGAUAAAUCGCAGUCAAUUGGUGUCAUCGACGGCAAAGUUUAUGACCUGACCACAUACGUCGCGGGGGGCCGAAGGAUCCAAGCCCCCGAAGGGCAGUCCAUUCCUGAUAACGUCGAUAGCGAUUUUAUGUCUCCGCUGGUUGUCUCACUCUUCCAAGGCCGGCCCGGCCAGGACGUGAGCAAGCAAUGGGAGAGCCUGGAUAUCGAUUCGGUCUUGCGCCAGCGGAUGAUGACCUGUCUAGACAAUCUCUUUUUCGUUGGCCACGUUGACACGCGUAACUCGACGCAGUGUCUGUUUGCUCGGUAUUUCAUUCUCGCCAUCUCGUGUCUUGUCUGUUCCGUUGUUGUCUUCAAGUUCGCCGCUGCCUUGCAAUUCUCCAGGAAGAACAUGCCCGAGAAUCUGGAUAAAUUUAUUAUUUGUCAGGUCCCGGCCUAUACCGAAGAUGAGGAUUCCCUCCGUCGUGCCAUGGACUCGAUGGCCCGCAUGCGGUAUGAUGACAAACGUAAGCUGCUUGUGGUUAUCUGUGAUGGCAUGAUUAUUGGACAAGGUAACGACCGCCCUACGCCUCGGAUUGUUCUGGACAUCUUGGGCGUUCCGGAGUCCGUGGAUCCUGAACCACUCAGCUUCGAGAGUUUAGGAGAAGGCAUGAAACAACACAAUAUGGGUAAAGUUUAUUCGGGCCUCUAUGAGGUCCAGGGUCAUAUCGUGCCGUUCCUGGUUGUUGUCAAAGUUGGAAAGCCCUCGGAAGUCUCCCGCCCUGGAAACAGAGGCAAGCGUGACUCGCAGAUGGUCCUCAUGCGAUUUUUGAACCGCGUCCAUUACAACUAUCCUAUGAGCCCGAUGGAGCUUGAGAUGCACCACCAGAUCCGCAACAUCAUUGGAGUGAACCCGACUUUCUAUGAGUUCAUCCUCCAGGUCGACGCCGAUACGGUCGUCGCCCAAGAUGCGGCAACGCGGAUGGUUUCGACAUUCCUUAACGAUACUCGCGUCAUUGGUGUCUGUGGAGAGACCGCUUUGACCAAUGCCAAAACCUCGGCAGUGACUAUGAUUCAGGUGUACGAAUACUACAUCUCACACAAUCUCACCAAGGCCUUCGAAAGUCUUUUCGGAUCGGUUACCUGUUUGCCCGGCUGCUUCACCAUGUAUCGCAUUCGAUCCGCCGAGAGUGGCAAGCCCCUCUUCGUCAGCAAAGAAAUCGUCGAGGCUUACUCGGAAAUUCGCGUUGACACUUUACAUAUGAAGAAUCUCCUGCACCUGGGAGAAGAUCGGUACCUGACAACUUUGCUCCUGAAGCAUCAUCCCAAGUACAAGACCAAGUACAUCUACAAUGCCAAGGCCUGGACAAUCGCCCCGGAGAGCUGGGCAGUGUUGCUGUCACAACGUCGUCGAUGGAUUAAUUCUACUGUGCACAACUUGAUUGAGCUUAUUCCGCUCCAGCAACUGUGCGGUUUCUGCUGCUUCAGUAUGAGGUUCAUCGUCUUCCUUGACCUUCUCAGUACUGUUAUUAUGCCUGUCACUAUCGCUUACAUCAUCUAUCUCAUUGUUUGGAUCGUGAGGGACACCUCAACCAUCCCGUACACCUCGUUCAUUUUGCUCGCGGCAAUCUACGGUUUGCAAGCUCUCGUUUUCGUUGUUCGCCGGAAAUGGGAUAUGGUUGGGUGGAUGUUUAUCUAUCUUCUUGCCUUGCCUGUGUAUUCAUUGGCCCUCCCUCUUUACUCCUUCUGGCACAUGGACGAUUUCUCCUGGGGUAAUACUCGUGUUAUCACGGGUGAGAAAGGUCGCAAGGUUGUCAUCUCGGACGAAGGUAAAUUCGACCCGGCUUCCAUUCCGAAGAAGACGUGGGAGGAAUACCAGGCCGAAUUAUGGGAAGCUCAGACAUCUCGAGACGACCGUUCUGAAGUCUCUGGAAUCUCCUACGGAACCAAAUCAUACCACCCUGCACAGUCCGAGUAUGCGUUCCCAACGUCAAGACCCAUGUCUCAGCUUGAGCUGCCUCGCUAUUCAUCCCGGAUGUCGCUGGCACCCUCCGAAAUGCUGAGCCGGCACAUGGAUAUGGAAAUGGAAGAUCUUCCCAACCUCCCCAGCGACGAUGCAAUUCUGUCGGAGAUCCGCGAGAUCCUCCGAACUGCCGAUUUGAUGACCGUCACCAAGAAGAGCAUCAAGCAGGAACUUGAGAAGCGAUUCGGCGUCAGCCUCGACGCCAAGCGUCCCUACAUUAACUCUGCCACGGAAGCCAUUCUCUCGGGCAACCUCUAAUCUCGCGACAAUCCCGUUGCUUGUAAUUUCCCACGAACUGAAUUCUCAACCGUUGUUUCUCUUCCGCCUUGCAUAAAAAUUGUAUAAACACCAACCCCCUCAACUUGCCCAACAUCUAAUACUUGCAUCACCCUCGAUAUAUCAUCAUCCUCUUUUACCUAUUCAUCUAUGUACGAGGUGUAACUUUCAGCCGGCGUUUUUGACUUGCUUGUUUUCUUUGUUUUCUUUGCAUUUUUUUUUUUUUUUUUGGAAUCUU